AUGGAUGUUAAGAUCGGCUCCAAAAGAUCUCACGCACCUGAAAGCAGCUCCAGCAAGAAAUUCUGCUCCUUCUGGCUUGUGAAAAAGAACAGAUUUUGUUUAACAGUUCCUUCAGUAGAUUCAGAUUUUUGUCCAUCGCACGUUGAUAAAAAAGUUUCCGACUUCCAGAAUACUUUGGAAAAUUCGCAGAACUUUCCAGUUGUUAAUAACAUUAACAAUAACAACAACAGCAAUAAAGAUGACACCACAACAACUGCAACGUGCCAGUUUUGGCUUAAAAAAAAAAAUAGAUUUUGCAAAGCAAUGCCAAAAAAUAAUUUGCAAUAUUGUGUGGAGCAUGCGGUCCAUUUGAAUAUUCAAUUUAACAGAGUCAGGAUUCCAUGCCCUUAUGAUUCAAAUCAUUCGUGUUACGAAGAUCAACUUGAAUCUCACAAGAAAAAAUGCAAUAGUCGACCAUCGCUCAGGCCUCUUUUCUAUGAAAAAGGAAUCAAUAUAGGUGAUGAUGAAAUUGUGAAUGAUUUGAAGACUUCCAUCAAAGAUAUGAAUGUAGAUGAUUUGAAUCUUCUCAUAUCAAGGGUCACCCAACUUUUCGAUGGUACUGUUCAUUUUCUAACAAUCCUUAUUAAAUGUCAUGAAGUUUUCAGUGAAUCACUCAAUGAUCCAAACAAUGGCAACAAUGCCCUGAAGCACCUCAAACAAUUGUCUUCGUUGGUCGGACACAUGAAUGACAACAAUCUGCUUGGUGCACACACGACUUACAUUGAAUUUGGCGCUGGGAAAGGUGGAUUGUCUCAUUGGGUUCAACUGUCGAACAAAAGUGAUGAUUGUAGAUACAUUUUGCUGGACAGGAGCAGUGUCAGAUACAAGGCUAGACGAGCUGAUCAAGGACCUACCUUUGAAAGGAUCAAAAUUGAUAUUGAAGACUUGGCAUUGGGAAAGGUGCCUCAACUACAAGGAUCGACUCACAACAUUGUUGGCAUUGGAAAGCAUCUCUGUGGUAGAGCAACAGAUUUCAUGCUGAGAUGUCUGGUCAAUUCAGUUGCUUCCAUUAAAACGUUUAAUUUAUUUCAUCACCUCACUGAUGGAGAUAUUUAUAAAGUAUUAAUUGAUAUUGGAUUUUCAGUAAAGCUAAGUGGUAUCGUGCUGGCCCUCUGUUGCCACCACAGAUGCGACUGGAACUCAUACGUUGGCAAAGAAUGGUUUGCUGAGCACCGACUCGAUCACAACCACUUUCAAAUGCUUGUCAAAAUGUCUGCUUGGGCUACUUGUGGCACGAAGCAUGUUUUAAGUUAG